CAAAGUGUGCACUAGUUCAUAUCACCGUAUGAUUCAUCAAGGAUCCAAACCAGAAGUUGGCGCACAUCGUCUCUGAAGGCUCAAGUCACCACCAUGGACACCUCUCGUCUCUGGUCAAUCCUGCCGGCUCGUCCAACCGCUACUAGUACUACAUAUACACUCGGAGCCUUGGGCGGAUACGCCGGAGUAGUGUGCCCGCAGGUAACGUACGGCCCACUGGAGCUCGAGCCUUGAGGUGACCAAUACAUGGAGCUCCAGGGAGGACCGCCGGAGGCGGAGCCGGAGAUCACUCUCCGCGAGUUCACGCUGUCCGACGCGGACGCGGAGGCCUUCAUGUCGUGGGCGUCCGACCCGCGCGUGGUACGCUUCCAGCGCCGCGACGCCUACACGAGCCUCGACGAGGCCCGCCGCUACAUCGCCGACCACGUCCUGCCGCACCCCUGGUACCGCGCCAUCUGCUUGGGCGGCCUCCCCGUGGGCUCCAUAUCCGUGAAGCCCGCGCCGGUCGAGGACGGCCGCCUGUUCAGGGCCUCCGUCGGGUACCGCAUCGCGCACGCCCACUGGGGCCGCGGCGUCGCGACGCACGCGUUGAGGGCGGCCGUGGAGGCCGUGUUCGCGGCGUGGCCGUGGCUGCUGCGGCUGGAGGCCGUGGCCGACGUCGAGAACCAGGCGUCGCAGCGCGUGCUGGAGAAGGCCGGGUUCGUCAGGGAGGGGGUCCUGCGGAGGUACAUCGUGCUCAAGGGCCGCCCCAGGGACAUGGUCAUGUUCAGUCUCGUCGACACGGAUCAUCUCGUCCAGAAGCCCGUGGAGUCCCAUGGGCCUGUCUAGUGUUUCGCGUUCCGAUGUCAUGGACCGCGAGCCUGAAUAGCGCAAACUUCUCUCCUUUUUUUUCCAGGGCAUGAGCACGCUCUGUGUUCUCUUUCGCUUGUCACAUAUGAUAUGUGAGUGCAAAAUAAAUUAAGAACCGUAUGAAUCGAAAAGUCAAAAAGGGUAUGGAGUGCAAGAUAAGAUCAUCCGAUAGUGCGCAUGCAUUGUUAGUUAGUUGUAGCAUCAUGUUCUUAUCCAUAUGAUCGUGACUCGUUUGACACUAA